GACUGCGCAAGUGCGGGAAGUGCAACAUUGCACUUGACUCUCACCAGUAAACAAGCGCACGUUUCUCACAACUUCUCAACCCUCUCUAACCAUUACAUGAUGGGAGAUGCCGACCCUUCAGAGUUGCCGACGCAACCGCCCAUGGCCAUCAACACUUCGACGAAGCCGGCAGCCUGGCGCUUAGCCAACUCCACUCGAUCUACGAUCCAGUCUCGCCCUGAUUCGCAGCACCUUGAGCACCACAAUGAGCCAAGUCCAGGAUGGUCCGCAGUCCAGCACGAUUUCGAACGGCGGCUUAGCCGUUUCGGUAUCAAGGUCUCUGAGGAUAACAACAAUCCAGCUUCCAACACCUCGAACAAGCCGAUCGCACAAUCACGCGCUGCCGCUCACGCGAUCAUGGACCGCUACAAUCUUGACACGGCGCCGCGGGACAUCGUCGCGUUAAUAUCCAGAACCGAAGAAUUCCCACCCCUCGAGGCCCCGACCAUGGCGUGCUUUUCGAAAAACAAGAAAGAGACCAAGGUCGAGACCUUAGAGCGACAGUUGCGGCAGGCACAAACAGAGGCUCAGAUUUGGAAGGAGAAGUCCGAAACUCAGGAAUGCGAACUCCGUGUAUCUUAUGGCGAAACAAUGGAGUGGAGGAUGAAAUACGAAGACUUGUAUAGCGCUAUUAUCCAGGCCCGCGAACUACAGCCACGGGACUUGCGAGUGAAGAGGGAGGGCACGAAGUCGUUGGGUUGAAUGCGCAGUGCAUGGACUGUAUGCUCGAAGGAGGGUCC